ACAUACUACCUUGAACAAAUGUUUUGGCGCUGACCAUCCAAUAUGUCGCGUGUUUGACGUAUAUCCUUUAUUCGGUCCCUGGGUACCUCUAAGAUUGUCUUUUGUUAUUACCACGAUAACUCACAAUUACGAUCUUACUAUUCUCGUUUGUCUUUUUCUUCUAUUAAACUUGUAUCAAAAUAAUUACCAAUCGUUCCUCCCCUAUCAUUUCAUCCAGUUUAGUUGCCGACAUUGCCCUACUACUUUUAAAUCGUCGCCUAGCCCUAGCUUAGAACUCUGACAUCAUGAAUACUGCAACUAAGACCCCCGCCGAGUCUACGGUGGAGACACCGUCUCCACCCCAAUUCAUCAAGAUCGAGAAAAGCAUUCUUGAGAAUCUCGUGAGACGGACGGAUGUACGCUUUACCAAUGGGUAUCCAAAGCUAGAUUCUGUCAUAUGUCUUCCCGAGAACGAAUAUGAGGGGUUUCUUCAAAUUCAAGAACAAUACGCGAAUUUAGUGCACAAUCUUCUUGCAUCUGGCAUAUCCUCAGAGAAAGUUUGGAAUUUAGCUAAGAGUACCACCAAGACCACAUCACGUCCACCCCCGGGAAUAUCAGACGCCCCUCUCUCUAGCACAACUCUUAUUUCUCCACGGGAGACCAAUCUAUUACGCUCUCAUCAUGCAGGAACCAGCGAUACGAAAUACAAUAAAGUCGAUCCGCCUUGCCCCACGAACACCGAUUCUCGCCGUGAAUGGCGAAUUACAUCAUCCAAGUCAGCUAGUAUCAUAGGGCCUAAGAAAAGUGAUCAUGGCCAUAGUGGGAACACAUACCCCCUUCAGCCCAAGAGAUCAAUUAUACUGGAAGGUCUUCCAGCUAGUGCUACUUGCUGGGACGUGACCAGCGCCGUCCGUGGUGGGGCUUUAGUUGAAUUCACCAUGGUAGCAGCCAAACGAAUGGCCAUUGUGUCUUUCGUAUCUCACGACAAUGCCGCAUGCUUCUUCGAACAUUCAAAGAAGAGGGGACUCUAUGUAAACAACAUCGAAGUCUCUCUGAAAUGGGCGGAUAAACAAUUUAUAGUUAGCCCCUUUAUUUCCAACAAGGCCGAAUUCGGCGCUACUAGAAAUCUAGUCGUAAGGGCAUGCAGAUCGCAUAUAAAGGAGAGCCGCAUUCGACAAGAUCUCGAACAUAUCAAUCGUCUUGUCAUCAUCAAGAUUGAAUUCAUCGAUAGCGAUUGCCAUAUUAAGACCAACUCGAUCCAACUAGCUCUCUACGCCAAGACAUGCAUGAUGAGCCGAAGUGAAUAUCAUGGCUUCCUAAUCGGUUGGGAUGCCGACGAAUGCGACCAACCAUUAACAACACCCCGAGAAGACACGAUACCCGAAAGCUGGAGGUCGUUGUUCAACAAUGGCAAUACCGCAUCGACGAAGGGACCAGCUAGCAAGAUUCAUAAUAGGUUUUCUUCACUCGAGGUCGAGGGGAAUGAGCAUCACGAUACCUCUUAAGCACAUUUUGCCAAUGUCAGGAGCUGUCACUGUUACUGCAUACUCGAGCACAAAUAUCCUUUUCCCCAUAUGUUUUCUGUCGCAGAUGAACUGCGCAUUUGUAGUAUGGUGUUCAAAGAGUGAGUUCUGGUUCUCAAUUGUAUGUUCGACAAGACGUUAGUUAGAGUAUAAGAUACCCGAAAUACCAGUUUAUGAUUGUG